AUGGAGGCUGCCCACCUCCACCCCUCAGAGGAGCCUCAGUUCAGCGCCUCUCCCAAACCCCAGUCAUGCUGGUCAAGGAGAGGCGGUGCUGAAGUCCACGGAGGACCCUCUGUGCCCGAGACGACAUCCCCUGCAUCAAAGACACUCUCCUCCCCGACUGACCCGUUGGCUCCCGCAUCAGCAGGACUGCCUCCCACCAAGAUGCCUCUGAGUUGGAAGAGCCUUUCCCAGGUGGGAGCCGGGCUUCAGAACAUGGGCAACACUUGCUAUGUGAAUGCGACCCUACAGUGUCUGACCUACACAGAGCCCCUCGCCAGCUACAUGCUGUCCCAGCAGCACGGGACCACCUGUAGGAGGCAGACAUCCUGCAUGCUGUGUACCCUGCAGGCUCACCUGACGCGGGUUCUCUGCCAUCCUGGACGUGUGCUCCGGCCCCUGCCACUCCUGCUCGCCGCCUUCCACAGACACAAGCAGGAAGAUGCCCAUGAGUAUCUCAUGUUCAUUCUGGAUGCAAUGCAGCAAGCAUGCUUGCCUGAGGACAAGCUCUCAGACCCUGAGUGUCCUCAGGACAGCACCCUCAUCCAGCAACUCUUUGGGGGGUACUGGAGGUCUCAAAUCCAGUGUCUCCACUGCCAAGGCAUUUCGAGCACUCUGGAACCUUACCUGGACAUCAGCCUGGACAUCGGGGAUGCUCACAGCGUCAGCCAAGCUUUGGAGCAGUUGGUGAAGCCCGAACUGCUGGAAGGUGAAAAUGCCUACCAUUGUAGUAAGUGUCUGGAGAAGGUGCCUGCGUCCAAGGUGUUGACUUUGCACACUUCCCCGAAUGUCCUCAUCCUGGUCUUGAGACGAUUCUCAGACUUGACAGGCAACAAAAUGACUAAGGAGGUGCAAUAUCCUGAGCGCCUUGACAUGCAACACUACCUGUCUGAGCAGAGGGCAGGACCCUUGGUUUAUGUGCUCUAUGCCGUGCUGGUGCACGCUGGGAGGAGUUGCCACAGCGGACAUUACUUCUGUUUCGUAAAGGCAGGAAAUGGCCAGUGGUAUAAAAUGGAUGAUGCUAAGGUCAGCGCCUGUGAUGUGACUUGCGCGCUGCGCCAACCUGCCUAUGUCCUCUUUUAUAUGCAGAAGACUGAUCUGGAGAGAGACCUUGGGAGGGAGUCAGUCGAAGAGGGAGGACUCGCAUCUCCCGAGGCAGACCCCACAGUGGUGGGUGAGGCCUCAGGAGAGCCGGCAACGGAUCCCUCCGUGAACCUUCCUGAGUUGGAGGAGCGUGGGGAAGAGACCUCAAGGCAACAAAUGACAUUAGACCAGUGGAGAUGCCUUCAAGAAUGCAACCGCCCUAAGCCUGAACUUAAUGUCAGGAGAAGAGAAAUUGCUCUUCCUGCGAACGCAGUCAUCCUUCACCACUCCAAAUACAGACCUGAGAUGCCGAAGAAUCAUCCUCAGCAGACCGUCGACCUGCUCACCACUGCGGCUGGGAUGCUCCCACCUCAGGUGGCCGGGGACGUGGCCAAAGUCCCGCCCCUAAAGUUAGCCUCAGCCCACCUGGUGGACCUCCUGGUGCCCAGGAAGUGCCGAUCGCUGACACCCCACAGCCAGCUCGCCAACCCUGUGUCAGGGCUGACAGCCUGGAUGUGCAGCAGAGUCUCCCUCGAGGGGCUCCAGGCUGGCGCCCAGGGCCAUGGGAAGCAGUCACGCCUGUGGAUGCACAGCCGGGCCCCCGCAGCCCAGGAAGACACCUGCCCUCUGGCCAAGCAAGAGCCCCCAGCCCACACCUGCCACACGUCACCUGGAGAUGCUGCAGCCAUGCACCGAGCCCCCUCGGCCGCCCUCUGCGCGGGCCCCCACUCAGCCCCUGAGAAUGUUCUUCACCAGAUUGGACAGAAGCUGCUGGAGCUCCCGGGUGCAGGGGCCUUGGCCGGGAAUGGGCAUCUGAUCGCCCUGAUGAAGUCCAGCCGGACGGAGUUGCUGGAGCACAAAGUCCGACAACUGCUGCUCGCCUUGCAGGGCAGAGAUGUCAUCUCCAUUUGCAGCUUCUUAGACGACUAUCGUGGAUUCGCCACCACGGACGAGGUGCUGGACCUGCUGUCCACUGAGGCCAUCUCCUGCAUGCUGGAAAUAUGGCUGGAUUAUUUUCGGGAUGAAUUUUGUCAGCUCCCAGAAUUUCCCUCCCUGAGGAUGAUUCUGGAAUUCAUGAGGCAGCGCAUGCCAGGCUCGGACGUGGAACUCCAUGCCCGGCGUUACCUCCAGCAAUUCAGACGCCUCCAGCAGCGGAGCCAGAGGGGGAGCCCCCUGCACCCCUGCGAGCCUGGAGGAGGAGCAGGUGCCACCCCUGCUCUCGAGGUCAUGGAUGUGCCCGAGCAGCCUCCUAACUCGAUGGAGCAACCAGCCAUAGGACCGAAGCAACCCUGUGAACCACCUCGGGAGCCCGCCCCAGCUCCGACUGUGGGGCCUGCUGAAGCUUCAGGGUGA